UAAUUUGGCAUGACGAGCAUUCAUAUGUAGGUGUGCAUAUAUGUAUGUUUAUCCAACCUGAUUGAGUUUCCUAAUGUUUGGAAGCUCAUCUUAUGAGCUUUUCGAACACACACAUAUAUACACAUUAGUAUUCAUCUUUAAUUAAUUUGUUCUUCGAUCUUAGUCGUAAGCAAGUGUAUUAUAUAAUAAUACUACGUGUAUAUAUAGCACGCCUAGCUAGCCUUUCCGGCCUGCUCGGACGAUCAAUUAUAUUAUAUUAUAUUAUAUUAUAUUAUAUUCAAUCAGAGGAGACAGUGGUAGUGCACAUAUAUAGUAUGGGCGGGGCGGCGGCGUUGUUAAUGUUGACAAGGAGGCGACACAUUUGGGCUGAUUGCGCAUUGUUGUUAUUGCUGCUAGCAGCGUGUGGUGCUCCCACUUUGCGGGCGGAUAUCGCUAAAUAUGAUGACUACUUGAAGAAGAAAGCCAAGGAAGCCUUCCAUUCGUCCCUCCAGGCUUACUAUGCCGACCCCGAACAAGUCACCGAUCAUUUCAAUGCCGAAGUUGGAGAUACGAUAAAAAACUUGACCGUGAAGAUGAGAAGGAAGCUUAAGGAAGGUGGCGGCGCGUGCCAGGCAAUGAAUCCUAUUGACAGGUGUUGGAGGUGUGAUCCGAAUUGGGGCAUGAACAGGAAGAGGUUAGCUGAUUGUGCGAGGGGGUUUGGGCACGGGACGGUAGGCGGAAAAGACGGUGAGAUUUACAUCGUCACGGAUGCCUCAGAUGAUGACGUGGAAGAACCGAAGCCGGGGACGCUCCGACACGCUGUGAUUCAGGAAGAGCCAUUGUGGAUCAUCUUCGCCAAGUCCAUGGUGAUCACCCUGAAGCAAGAGCUGAUGAUAAACCAUGACAAGACCAUCGACGGUCGUGGGGCGUCAGUGCACAUUGCAUAUGGCGCAGGCCUCACUAUCCAGUUCGUCCAGAAUGUGAUCAUCCACAACAUCCGCAUCCAUCAUAUCUUGCCCAAACCAGGCGGCUUGGUGAGGGACUCUGUGUCUCACAUUGGCCUCAGAACCAUGAGCGAUGGAGACGCCAUCUCCAUCUACGGUUCCAACCAUGUAUGGAUUGACCAUGUCAGUAUGGCCAAAUGCAGUGAUGGUCUCAUUGAUGCCAUCAUGGCUUCCACUGCCAUCACCAUUUCUAAUUGCAAGUUCAAUCACCACAAUGAUGGGCGAGUGAUUCUUUCUCUGAAGACUCGGUAAUGCAAGUGACAGUAGCAUUCAAUCGGUUCGGGAGGGGACUGAUCCAGAGGAUGCCAAGGUGCCGAUGGGGGUUCUUCCACGUGGUGAACAAUGACUAUGCUCAAUGGGAGAUGUACGCGAUUGGCGGGAGCUCAAGCCCCACAAUAGUGAGCCAGGGCAACCGCUUCAAGGCCUCCGACAACCCUUUCACCAAGGAAGUGACCAAGAGAGAUUACGCUCCUCAGUCCCAAUGGAGUCACUGGCAGUGGAGAUCAGAGGGUGACUUAUUCUUGAAUGGGGCAUACUUUGUUGAAUCCGGUGAGGAGUUGAAGCGUACUCCAUUGACCAAGAGCAGUCAAAUCAUGUACAAACCCGGAUCUUAAGUUGGACGCCUUACCCGCAAGGCUGGUAUGAUCAACUGCAAGAUCCAUACACCUUGCUAAAUACCUACCUAUGCAUGCAAUGCAUGUACCAAUAAUUUUAUUCCAUAUGGCCGAAUCAACCUUGCAUCACAUGUGUUGGAUAUAUGACCGACACACACACAUGGCAAAUGGAGCUAAUAUUGUAUUUCAUUUUCAUCUAAUUUUCCUAUUUACUUUGCUUUGCUUGGAUUACCUGCAUAAAAACACAACACUUAUACUUCUCUUGUUUUAGUUGUCACACUUCUAUAUUCACAUUUUCCAAUGCACAACUUUCACCAAUAAUACAUUGAAUUACUC